CUUCUGGAUUUUUCCCGCCAUGGAAGCAAUGGAAAUCGACGCAGAGAAGCAUCUCCAGAGAAAGCAGUCUCUCUAUGAAUCCCUGGAUGAGAAGUUUCGGAUCGAGAAAGAGACGUAUAGGGGUCAGCAGUACAGCCAGAUUUACUUUGCUCGACUCCACAUGAUGAGAACUCUCAUCUACUCCCUCAUUCCUAAUUGGAAACCCCAUUUUCCUGUUUGUACAGUUUUGGGGCUGGAAGAAGGCAAGGAAUGUAUCAUUGUUGGAACUCUGUACAAGCACAUGAGACUUAAACCAUGCAUUCUUGAUGAGUACUCCAAGGAGAGAUCUGUGGCCCCGCUUGUCAAGCCUCAUAACUUUAUGCACUCAGAUGAUAGUUUGGUGCUGGAGGAUGAGAGUGGAAGAGUUAAACUUGGUGGAACAAUGCUUUUACCUUCUGUAUAUGUUACAGGGACUGUUGUUGGUCUGCAUGGAAAAGAAACCAGUGCUGGUGAAUUUUUGGUACAAGAUAUUCUGGACUCUGACCUACCACUGCAGAUAGAGCUGCCACUAAAAUCAAGGGAGGACAAGUAUGUUGUUUUUGUAUCUGGGCUAAGUGUUGGAAGCAGCACUUCUAAUCCUCUCCAAUUUCAGCUUCUUGUUGAUCAUAUAACAGGACAUCUAGGAGAUGAGAAGGAACAAGGUAUUGCAGCACAGAUAGUUCAUGUUGUAAUUGCUGGGAAUUCUGUUGCAGUUCCACGUGGACUUCUGAAUGGACAGAAUUUAGCUUUGAAGGAUCAGUCAAGGUUGUCCGAACCAAUUAAAGAGCUGGAUAUCUUGUUGACUCAGAUUGCUGCAGGUUUGCCUUUGGAUAUCAUGCCAGGGCCUGAUGACCCAGCAAACUUCUCAUUACCUCAACAGCCCUUGCAUAGAUGCCUUUUCCCUGGAUCAUCAGCUUAUAACUCAUUUAGAUCUUGUACUAAUCCUCAUUCCUUUGAGCUUGAAAAUAUCAGAUUUCUUGGAACAUCAGGUCAGAAUGUGGAUGAUCUUGAGAAGUAUUCAGAGGCAAAAGAUAAGCUUGAAUUCAUGGAAAGGACGUUACGGUGGAGGCAUCUAGCACCAACAGCACCUAAUACUCUUGGGUGCUAUCCAUUCACUGAUAGAGAUCCUUUCUUGAUCGAGAGCUGUCCUCAUGUUUACUUUGUUGGUAAUCAGGAUAAAUAUGAAACUCGCUUAAUAAAGGGAUCAGAGGGACAGGUUGUAAGACUCAUUUGCAUUCCUAAAUUUUGUGAGACGGGAGUUGCUGUUGUGCUAAACAUGAGAAAUCUGGAAUGCCAUGCUCUAAGUUUUGGGACUGAAUUCAGCUCAUAACUAUGAGCUUGAACAAGCGAGCCGUGCUGAAGCUUGAGAAUGUGUAGAAGCUUUCAGGCAUGGGUUUCCACGAUGGUGCAGUGCUUGUUUUCCUGGGCAACCGUCCACGGCUAGACUGCCUUAAAGAGAAAGCCAACCAGUUGAAUUCGCAAUGCCCUACUCUUGGCGGUUCUGCGUCUCUCCUUUUUCCUAGUUAUUUUUCUUGCUUUUCACUAAGGAUCUUCGACUAGAGCAUUUCUUAUUUAAUUAGGAGCCUUUGUGUAUUUCUCUAUGGACCACUGUUGAAACAUGAAUUCAGACGUCAUGCAGCCUGGAAGAGCAUCAGAAAAUGGGAUUUUCUUAUUUCCUGUCUUUCAUUUCCUCAGCCAUUAACCUUCUGUAUUCUCUCGAAAUUUCAGCUGAAUCCAUAUAAAAUGUAGACGAUUUUGUAUUAUUAGAUUUGGGUUAGAGAUGGUAAUGAUAAGGCUUUUUUUUUAA